AUGGCCGAAUUUCCCUCUUCAAACCCAUCUUCCUCUAACGGUGUCAUUUCGGGUUCCACUCAGUCAGCUUCAAUCGGCGUUUUCGAUGCUGAGGAGGUCCGAAGAGAGACUGUCUUGGUUGCAAAACCGCCUCUAAGUCCCGUCCCUACCCACCAAUCACAAAUCACUCAUCGCUUCACCACCUCCAGUACACUCCCUCGAGCUCCGCAGACCUCCUCUCGAACCAGUCCGCCAAUCGGAGCUGUCGCCAGCCUAGCAAUCAGUGGGGGGAUGAGCCAAGAAGAGCUCCUUCGCCUUGGCCAGAAUCGUCCCCUGCCUGUCUCUAUUCGCUCCACCCGUGCAGCCGCUGUUGUCUUACGCGGUGGAGGUGUGCGCGGAGGACUGCGUCGAGGCCAUCACACUGCGCCUCCCGGAACUGUUCACAUCGGUCGGGUGACACGUGUCGCCAGGUGUGAUAUUUGCCUAUCCCCACCCGGGUCGGCGCUUUGCAGCUUCAACCCAAGUCCACGUAGUUCGCCUCUGCAUCUAACCCGUGUUGGAGGUAUCGUAGCUGACACCAACGACCGAAAGUCCUCACUCCCAGUACUACCAACGGAUCAAUUGGUAAGAGUUGGACCCGGAACCGUAGUGAGCACUCGAGGACAAAGCUACGCACAGAUAAACUGGUACCCCCAACCUUAUAAGUCGGCAUCAAUUGAGGCCACCUCAACGUCUACUUCGCCGCCGCUGCAGGCAACACGGAGUGUACCUAGCGGUAGCGGCACACAAGCCGAGAGUGCGAUUUCUUCGCAAGUUUCUAUGCUCUCUGAUGGCACUGAUAAUGCGGAGAGUUGUGGACAUGUGCCAAUCUCGCCAGGUGGACAUUCGACUAGUUCGGUUGAAGUACCAAUGCGGAACUUAAAUCUCGGCUCCUGUCCCAUUCCAUCUACCUCGGAGGAGGGGGUUCAUUUUUUCGGCUCCUCCUACACCGCCACUACGGCUGACUCGGCCACCGCCACCACCUCCACUAAUGCCACCAUGACCGGCUUAGACGCUGUUACGGGUCAAUCACCACCCAAAGGUGAGACCACCUACCAACAACGGUUGUAUCAUCAACACAUUGCUCGGAAUGUUCGUAAUCUUCGACGCUAUCGCCACAUCUAUGGCGAUUCGUUGACCUCGGUUCUGGCCUCAACCAAGGCGCCCUCCAGCGAGGAGCGAGAGAACUGCACCAGUUCAGCCCCUUCCAUGCAGCAUCGACGAAGUUCAGCUGACGAGGUGCUGAUAGUUCGAGUGGAGGGUGAAAAAGGGGAGCCCACAUCACCACUAUCGCCACCACCGACAUCGACCAAGUUGAUAUCAAGCCUGGAGCAGCGUCGUAGACGUCGGCACCUCUUCAUUUCCCAUCGGACUGUUCACAGUGAAGCACAGCGACAAGUGGACGAGGCGAUUCCCGUGGCGAAUGUCAUUGUGGCAUUGGAGGGUGAUGAAAACACCGAAGAUUUGGAAUGCACCCUGUUUUGCUUCUCCCUCCUUUGA